CCAGCUUUCCAUUGUGACUCCAGGCAGCAAAGCUGCAAUAGCCAACUUGUGUAUAGGAGACCAGAUCAUAGCCAUCGAUGGAGUGAACACAGACAACAUGACACACCUUGAGGCACAAAACAAAAUCAAGGGCUGCACGGAUGAGCUGACCCUGACAGUCAGCAGAUCGGAGGCAAAAGUCUGGUCACCACUUGUAAGCGAGGAGGGAAAGACACAUCCUUAUAAGAUGAAUCUGGCCUCUGAGCCACAGGAAAUAAAGCACAUAGGAAGUGCACACAAUCGGAGUGCAGUGCCCUUCACUGCUGCCACAGCUUCUGCCCCCAGGGUGAUCACUGCUCAGUACAACAGCCCAGCAGGCCUCUACUCCUCAGAGAACAUCCAGUCCUUCAACAGCGCGGUGGAGACAAAAACAUCACCGGGGGCCCUGGAGCCUUCCAAGCCUUUAGAUCAGCAUAACCAGACCCCAGGCAGCAUUGCCAUAGACAAACAAUCUGAGGUUUACAAGAUGCUGCAGGAGAAUCAAGAGUCAAAUGAGCCACCCAGACAGUCUGCUUCAUUUCUUGUGUUGCAAGAGAUCUUGGAGUCAGAGGAGAAAGGAGACCCUACCAAACCAUCUGGAUUUAGGAGCGUCAAGGCCCCUACCACAAAGGUGGCCUCAUCGAUUGGGAAUGCCCAGAAGCUGCCCAUGUGUGACAAGUGUGGAUCUGGCAUUGUAGGGAUGUUUGUGAAGAUCCGGGACAAGCAGCGCCACCCCGAGUGCUACGUGUGCAGUGACUGCGGCACCAACCUCAAGCAGAAAGGACACUUCUUUGUGGGAGAGCAGAUCUACUGCGAGAAGCACGCACGGGAACGGGUCAUUCCCCCCGAGGGCUACGAGGUGGUCACCGUCUUCCCAAAGUAAACGUGCUGCUCACAAAGCCAGUGGGGAUGAUUUAUCCUCUGCUGAUUUUCCUUGGAGAGCAUUAUCCCUACCCCCUGCAGAAUCUUGUUUGCAAUAAGGAAUGUUAGGCAUGGCUUUGAAUUUCCUUGUCAUUAUUAAUCCUCCAUCUGUUCACAUGAGAUGUCACUAAUUGUUCAACAUUCUUUUCAUCCUCUUUCACUUUUUUUUAAUAAACAAUUUUUUUUCUUUCAUUGUGCUGCCAAUCACACAGGAAAAUCAGAGGCCAAAGUCAGAUUACAACUUUUCUGUGUUCUAGUUAUUUGCCAUCCGUUUGCCUGCAAUAAAUGGGGUGAAUCCACAA